GCGGCUUUCAAGCAUCCGCGUCCAAUCAGUUUGCACUUGGUGGUACGUGAACACGCAGCUCUCCGGAAUCAUUCAAAAUGCCAAAGACCCAGGAAACCAAGUUUGUCAACUCACUGUUCCUCACCAAUCUGAUCCAAACGCAGUACGGUGAGACCGAAGUGAAGAUCAAAACCUACGAUGUGGAACCGGCCACGGCGGAGAUCAACGAUCCGUACGCGAGAUCGUCGAUGAACAGGAUUCUGGUGAAGUACGUGUCCAAGGAAAACCCGUCGGAAAAUGUGAUUACUUUUGUCGCCAAAAUCAAACCCUCGGAGGGCAACCUGGUGGAGGAGUUCAAGAAGAGUGACGUGUUCGACAAAGAAAUCAUCAUCUACAAGAACAUUCUGCCCAAACUGGUGGCCGUCAUUUCCAAGUUGGGAGGCGCCGUGGAACUUGCACCCCAAUUGAUCUAUUCGUCGGACGUUCCGUCCAACUUGAUGGUACUGGAAGACCUGACCGUGCGGGGUUACAGCGUCGAGAACCAGCAGUUGGGGCUCAACCUGGAGCAGAGUAAAAUGGCUAUCGAGAAGAUGGCUUUUAUGCACGCUGCUAGUGUGGUGCUGCUGGCUGAGAGCCCGGCCGAUUUCGCCAGAUUCGCCAAGGGAACCUUCCACGCCGACCACAAGGAUAAACUCGGCUACUUCUCGAACGCGCUGGCCACCGUUGCCGAGAACGCAAGCGAACUGGGCAUCAACAGUGCCGUGGCCGGCAAGUUGAAAACGCUACCGGCGAAGGCCAUCCAGAAGGCGAUCGACGCGUACGGCAGUGACUUCCAGGGGCUGAAGGUGCUCAACCAUGGGGACUUUUGGACCAACAACGUCAUGUACAAGUACAACAACAACGAGCUGAUUGAUGCCAUUUUUGUUGAUUUCCAAAACUGUGUCGUUGGAUCGCCAAUCAUUGAUUUGGUGUACUUUUUAACUUCUUCGCCCUCGUAUGAAGUACUGGAGCAGUCCAGAGAUGAGUUGAUUUACGUUUACCACGAAACGUUGUCGCUGCUUUUACAGCGUUUGGACUACAAAAAGUCAAUCCCUUCGCUAGUCGACUUGCAAGUUGAGCUACUAAAGCAUGGUGCCCUUGAGGUCAUCCUUUCGUUGACGACGGCCCCAUUUUUGCGCACCAAAAAUGCACAAAAUACGCCGGCCAUGCAGCCCACGCUGUACAAGGAUGAACAGAAGGUUGAGUUGAAGCCGGUGCUGAAGGCUCACGCUGGCCACAUCAACCAACAGCUGAAGGACUACGAGCUGCGCGGUCUGCUGGACUGGGGAGCAGCCGAGAGCAAGAUUAAGGGAUUGAUGGGACGGUUCCAGAAAUAAUUGGUUGAAACGCUUUUCAGUUGUCAAAUAAAACUUGUACUUACAUUUCACUAU